AGGAAUUCUAUGCUUACAUACGGGGACUUCGGCGACCCACGGCACAGUAAAGCGUCUCUGUAUGUGGAUGUCAGCUGAAAAAGCUGGAAGGCUAUCCAGGAUAGAAGAGAACCGAAGGGGAAAUGUACAGUUCUACAUGGCACGUUGAUAAUUACUUCGCGAACAGCUCUCUGAUUAUCAAGAUGGUGCGCUGCAGUUGUCAUGUGUUUGUAGCGUUGGUUGUUACUCUGGUGUUCAUUCCUGGUGUUGCAGCUCAGACAGGGGACAACGCUGGUCGACAGUUUGUCUUAGCGUACAUGGAGAACAAGGUAGAAGUUCCCACAAAUGAGCCUCUGGAACUACACGUAGCUACUCAAAAAUCGAACGUGCGGGUAACAGUAUCAGCUCCCAAAUUCACAGGGACUACUGUGAAUAGCAGUGUAUACAUGCAGAGUGAGGAUGUGCGUAUCAUCACUAUCCCAAGUUCCAUGAGGAUGGAAGGAUCGAGAAUAGAAAACAAAGCCAUCCUGGUUGAAGCCACUGAUGAUGUCAUAGUGUACGGAAUUAACAGAGAGCCUUUUUCAAACGAUGGGUUUCUGGCUCUUCCUGUCAGUGCUCUGGGACGUGAUUAUUACGUCACAACGUACAGCCCGCCCACUAUCAUGGCUGAGAUUGGAGUUGUUGCGGUCGAAGACAGCACGACACUGACAAUAUCACUGCCAACGCACACUGAUGGCCUCUCUGUUGCUUUCAAUGGGCAGACGUACGCUAAAGGACAGGAAAUACAGACAACAAUCUCUGCAUUCCAAACCCUCCAGCUUCAAAGUGUCUCCGAUUUGACGGGCACGCGAAUACGAUCGAAUAAAAACGUAGCCGUUUUCAGUGGAAACGUCCGUACAAGCGUCGGGGUAGGGGACUCUCGGGACCAUUUGGUGGAGCAGAUCCCCCCUGUCACGUCGUGGGGCUACACAUUUGCAGUGGUGCCAGUGCCGGGAAGAACGCUCAUCGGUGACCUGAUCCAGAUAAUCUCAAGGGAUAGCAACACGCGUGUUGAGAUACGGGAGGCAGGGGCUACGAUGCGCGUUCUUGAUUUCAGUAGAGCUGGCGAAAGCCAGAAUAUUACAACAUCCCCAAACGGCUACAUAUCCAUUACCUCUACCGGUGGCCCUAUAUUAGUCACUCAGAUAAUUUACAGCCAGUUGUCAAUGAGCGAGCUAUCCGACCCGGCCAUGAUAAUUGUCCCGCCAAUGCAACAGUACAAAACCAGUUAUGCUUUUGCAACGCCAACGGUAGCCGAUAGAGGAUACACCAACUACGUCUUAAUCGCUGUCCAUAAAAGUGCCAAGGACGCCAUUUUGCAUAAUAACGAGUGGCUCCAGCAAUCUAACGUUGUUCUUUGGGAAAGCAUUCCUGGAACUGAGUUAGUAGGAGCCAGUUUCAACAUAUCGUCUGGCCGACACUUUCUGUGGCAUUUCACGUACACUACCCCGUUCAUGCUGAUACUGUACGGAGCCGCAGACAAGGAGUCCUACGCAUUCCCUGCUGGUAUGAAAACCGGAGCAGUUCAGCAGCAACAAACAUGCGUGGCACCACCAAUGGUACCGGGGGAUUCGGUGGAUAACGAUUGUGAUGGACAGAUGAAUGAAGAGAAGUGUGACAAAAUGGAUAACGAUGGUGACGGGAGAGUGGACGAAGAUUGUUCUGUUGCACUAGAUUCAAAGGGUUCGGACUUUCUGGUUAUGUAUCUUAACAACGUCGUACAGGAAUUCACGGACCCUUACGACCUGGAGUUAUUCAUAGCGACAAGUUCCAACCAGCCGGUCCAGGUGGACAUCACUACACCCAGAUACGCUUUUCCUUACGUGAAAAGUUCCGAAACCGUCAACCCGAACGAAGUCAUCAGAUUUCCCAUUUCCCCGGAACUCCGAAUGGAAGGAACAGACGUUUCCAACAAAGCAAUCCAAGUUACAGCGACAGGGACAGUGGCUGUGUACGGCGUGAAUAAAAAGAAGUUUUCAGCGGACGCUUUCUUGGCCUUUCCAACCGACACAUUAGGGACUGAGUAUUACACUGUGAGUUAUGCCCCUCCUACAAUUGCAAGUGAGUUUGGUAUUGUGGGCGUGCAAGAUGGAACCUCUGUGACAAUAGAACUGCCUUCUUCAACCCGAUCUUCAAUCAGCCUAAAUCUUGGUGGUCGCACUUACAACAACGGUGACAGAUUCAGUCUUAUUCUGAAUAGAUACGACACUCUGCAUAUUCAGAAUUCGGCUGACCUUACCGGAACCCGUAUUACGUCCUCUCAGAAGAUAGCCGUGUUCAGUGGGAAUGUCAGAACCAACAUAGGCAUUGGCACGUCUCGGGAUCACCUUUCUGAACAGAUCCCUCCCGUUUCGGCGUGGGGAAAAGAGUUUGCAACGGUCCCCAUCCCCCGUAGAACGACUGGGGAUUUCUUCCGCAUCAUCGCCGCAAGAGACAACACUAAAAUAUUGCUGAGGUACAUUGAAAGUGGCGGGGUCACCAUCCAAAGGGAAUUCAUCGACAUUCAAACCGCCGGGGAUUUCGUAGAAAGGGUGGUGCCAUCCAAUGAUUAUUUAUACCUUAUUGCCAACGAGCCGGUCCUGAUGGUCCAGUUUGUUUACAGUCAGAUAUCUAACACUGAGACAGCAGACCCAUCUAUGAUAAUCGUCCCUCCCAUGGAACAGUAUGCCUUCCAGUAUAGUUUCAGCACCCCAAUAUAUUCUGGGGGAGUGGUUGGUGGGGAUUACACACACUAUGUGCUAAUGGUGGCGCCUGCGGAUCAAAUUGAUGGGAUUCUGCUCGAUAGUGAAAGACUAAGUAUCAGUAAACCUGGACUUGUAUGGACACCCAUAGCCGACACCACGUACUCGGGGACGUAUUUUAAUGUUUCAAGCGGUGUGCAUCACAUUCGCCAUAGCUCAAGCGGUGUCGCCAUGAUGGGAAUUUUGUAUGGCAAAGCAGACAGAGAGAGCUACGGUUUACCAGUGGGGAUGCAGUGUGAAAACAUUGCUUUUAGUUGCAACGCUCCACAUAUGGUAAAUGGGGAUGGACAUGACAAUGACUGUGAUGGGAGAGUGGAUGAGGAAUAUUGCGAUGGAAUUGAUAAUGAUAACGACGGAAAAAAGGACGAAGACUGUUCAGAAACUUUGGACUCGAGUGGGAGAGAAUUUGUCAUAAUGUUUAUGGAAAACUCUGUUGAAGACCCAGUGAAUAGCCCCCUAGAGAUUUACAUCGCAAACACAUAUCCAACCGUUACCGCAACAGUCAACGUGACAACGCCAUUAUUUAGCCCUGCAAUGGACGAAAGCGUCACCGUCAGCCCUACUGAAAUGAAAAGGUUGACUAUGGCCAGGACCAUUCAGACGACUGGAACAGGUAUAGCUAACACGGCAAUUCUCGUACAAGCUACCCAAGACGUUAAUGUCUACACGGUCAACAAGGAGAAAUAUUCAACUGACGGCUACCUCGCUUUUCCGACAGACGUUUUGGGAACGAAAUACUUUGCAGUGUGUUAUUAUUCCACAGGAAGCAGCAACAAUUGCCAGUUGGGUAUUGCAGCGCUGUCAGUUACUGUGGAUGUUCAGAUCGAAAUGCCGAGAGGCCGCAGUGUUCCGUUAACUGUGACGUAUAACGGGUACACAUACAGAAGCGGAGACGUGAUAAAUCUGCGAUUGACCAGAUACCAAACGUUCCAGGGCCAAUUCAGUGGUGAUCUGACUGGUGCCGAGAUAACCGCGACCCAGCCCAUUGCAGUGUUCAGUGGGAAUAUUAGAACCACUGUGGGGAAUGAAUCUAGCUACCGUGACCAUCUGGUUGAACAGAUGCCUCCUGUUGAAACGUGGGGACAAGAGUUCUUCGCUGUUCCAUCUCCAAGGCAAACCAAUGGGGACAUAUUUCGAAUAGUAGCAAGUGACCCGGCAACCCGCAUUUCAAUAUCAGGAUUUGGAUUGACCCAAGAAGAGGUUACGAUAGGGACCAGUGACUUUGUGGAAAGAUCCUUCCCUUCUGGUACAUUUGCUCAUAUUUCAAGUUCUAAGCCAGUCAUGGUGGUGCAGUUCACCAGGGGUCAAGCUGUUACCAGUGAUGUAGGAGAUCCGGCAAUGGUUCUCGUACCGCCUGUCAAACAAUGGCAGUCAGAAUACACGGUCACGUCUCCGCAGCAAGCCGGUACUGGUGCAGCAUACACCAAUUACGUCAUGGUAGUCGCGGGAAAUGCAGAUAAGGACAACAUAAAAAUCGAUGGCCAGACUUUGGCAUCUCUAAGUUCUGGUCUGUCUGGCUCCAUAAAGCGCCGUUCUCUUAGUUCUCCUGUGCAGUGGACUGCAAUUCCAGGAACUACGUACGCAGGGACUGCCUUCCAACUGCCCGCUAACGCACAGAGAGUCACCCAUUCUGGAGACUUCAUGGCUAUGGUGUACAGUGCAAGUGACAAAGAGAGCGUUGCCAUGGCAGCUGGAACACGAUUGAAGACUUUGAUACAGCCAAUUAACGGAAAUUGGGGAGCAUGGGGAGAAUGGGCCCCUUGUUCUGCGUCCUGCGAUGGAGGGAGUUACUCAAGAAGACGUGCGUGUAAUGACCCCGCCCCUAGCAAUGGCGGGGGAAAUUGUGUUGGCAGCGAUACUCACGUCCAAGUUUGUAACGAUGUCCCGUGCACAACCACGAUCGUUGGACCUCCUGGACCGCAAGGACCACCUGGGCCUAAAGGUGAAAAAGGUGCCCAGGGCCCUGCAGGACCCCCAGGGCCAAAAGGACAACGCGGGCAGCAGGGACCGGAAGGGCCAACAGGUCCUACUGGUGCUCAGGGCCCGGCAGGUAUCCAAGGCCCUCAAGGAGUAUCUGGGGUUCCAGGGGACACAGGUCCCAAAGGUGACAAAGGUGUGAGAGGCCCAGACGGUCCAGUUGGUCUUACCGGACCCACGGGUCCACAAGGCAUAACUGGACCUACAGGAUCUACAGGGGCCAAGGGGGACAAGGGCGAGCAGGGAGUGAAGGGGUCGAAAGGCGACAGAGGUGCAACUGGUAUUCAGGGCAUUAUAGGUCCAACGGGCGCCAAAGGCGACCAAGGUGUUCAAGGACUCCAAGGAUUAAAGGGCGAUAUGGGAGUAGCGGGGCCCAUGGGACCUAUGGGUCCCCCAGGAAAUAAGGAGGUGGACGAAUGCCAGACUAAUAAGGGAGGUUGCAGUCACACCUGUAUGAACUCCUACCUGUCCUAUCGCUGUGUAUGUGACGCCGGGUAUCAGCUGAACGAAGACAAGCAUUCUUGUGCCGACGUGGACGAGUGUGGCAAUGACAAUGGCGGCUGUGACCAGUUGUGUUACGACGCAGUAGGCACCUACGUCUGCGCGUGCCGGGCUGGGUUCAGACUGAGCCCCGACAGACACAGCUGUGAAGAUGUUGAUGAGUGUGCUGUCAAUAAUGGCGGGUGUAAUUCAACACAAAAAUGUGUCAACACUUUGGGGAGCCGAAGUUGCGUGAUGACCAUUUCGUCGUCUGUUGACUCCUUGGCACAAUCGCUGCAGCUGAAGGUCACAGAAUUAACGACACUCUCGGAAACCAUGUCUCAGGUUGUGAAGGACCAGACGGCCGCUCAAUCGUCUGCUCAGACCGGCAACUGUGGCUAUGAUGCUACACUAGUGAAUGGUUACCUCAUCAUCGGCAUUAUUAUAUGGCUGAUUGUGGUCACCUUAGUUCUACUGGGACUAGUUAUAUAUCUGAUUUACAAGAGGGGAAGAGACAAGAAAUGGGAGAAAACGCAGGAAAAACUCUCAAGAGAAUAUUCAUAUUCCAGAAAUUCGCCUUCGAUGUUUUCUGCAGUGAAGGCAUAUUAAUUGAAGGGUUGGCAGAUUAAACAUUUUAAACACGUUAAGCAGUAUGAACGUCUGCUUCGGCGUUUUUUUAUAGUAUUGAAUUUACUUACAAAUUGCUUAAUUGGUUAAAUGCAAAACCAUGCGUUUCACGUUUUGUGAAGUAUUAAAAAGCAAAUUACAUGUAGUUUAAAGGAAUGCCUUUCGAAAUGAUAAAUGUACAUGUAAUGCCCUCCUUAGACUGAUAUACUAAACUGUGAUAAAUUUAUCAUCACCUUUAUAGAUCUCCUAUUUGUCAAUCGUUUUUAAAUCAAUUUUGAGGAGUUAUUUAUUAUUUAUUGACUAUUCCGUCCAU